AUGCCGGAGAUGACACAGAUAUCUUCCGGGAAGGACAGCCCCCCGACCUUGACGCUCACGGCCGAGCAACGGCGCACCAGCACGCUACCACCACCAGACGCUCCGUGUCCCGUCACUUCUCCUGUCGCUAUUGUAGCAGAGAAGAUGACACAGCGUCCACUACCCUCUCAAGAGGUGCCCGAGAAUGAAGCCACGCAGUACGACGAGGAGGUCCGUCGCGGCAUGGCCGCCAUGAAUGCCGCUUUCGACUGGACGGGCCCGUCCGAUCCCGACAACCCACGCAACUUCCCCCUCGCCUUCCGCGUGUGCUCGGCCGCGGCCCUCACGCUCCUGGCCAUGGUCGCCACCGUCGUCGGCGCCAUGUACGCGCCCGCGCAGGACGCCGUCGCCUCGGCGCUGCACACCUCGCGGCAGGUCGCAGUGCUGCCGCUGUCGCUGUACAACCUAGGCCUCGCGUGCGGGCCGCUCGUUGGCGCGCCGCUGUCCGAGACAUACGGCCGGCGCGCGGUGGUGCUCGGCACGGCGCCCGUCUUCAUGCUGCUCGUGCUCGGCGCCGCGCUGAGCGCCUCGGCGGGCGGGCUGAUUGCCUGCCGCUUCUUCGCGGGCGUCUUUGCGGCGCCGCUGAUCAACAAUGCGCCGGCGACGAUGCUGGACUUUACGCCGACGCGGUACCGCGGCGUGGUGCUGGGGAUAUACUACACGGUGCCGUCGUUUGGCGCCUCGCUCGGCCCGCUGAUCGGGGGCUUCCUGGUGCAUACGCGCGGAGGGUGGCGCUGGACGCAGUGGGCGGCGCUCAUCCUCGCGGCCGUGUUUUAUCUGCCCGUGCUGCUGUGCACGCGCGAGACGUAUAAGAAGAUUAUACUGAGGCGGCGGGCGGUGCGGCUCGGCCUGCAGGACUCGGCGUCGCAGCGCACGUCCCCCGGGCGCGCGUUUCGGUACUUUGCGACGACGCUGGUGCAGAGGCCGCUGCACAUGCUAUUCACGGAGCCGAUUGUCGCGCUUGUGAGCGUGUACUGCGGCUUCCUCUUCGCGCUGCUGUACACCUUUGUCGUGGCGGUGCCGUGGAUCAUCCACCACUACUACGGCUUCGAGGAGCCGCGGGCAUCGCUCGUGUUCCUGGGGCUCAUUGUCGGCACGCUGGCCGCGGCGGUGCCCCUCGUGGGCAUCGACGUGUGGUACUACCAGCCGCGGCUGCGGCGCUGGCAGGCCGAGCAUCAAGACGAAGAAGCGCUGCUGCUGCCGUCGGAGCAUCGUCUCGUCGGCGCGCUGGCCGGCAGCUUCCUGCUCCCGGCGUGCCUCUUUGCGAGCGCGUGGACGGCGGAGCGGCGCGCGCACUGGAUGGUACCGGUCGCGCUGCAGGGCUGCGUCAUGCUCGCGUCCAUUCUCGUCUACAGCAGCGCGAGCCUGUUCAUGCUGGACUCGUACGGGCCGCUGUACGGGGCGUCGGCGUCGGGCGCCAUGAUGAUGAGCCGCUACGUGCUGUCGGCGGCGUUUCCGCUGUUUGCGCUGCAGAUGUACGAGGCGCUGGGCGUCGGGUGGGCGACGACGCUGCUGGGCUGCGUGACGCUGGCCAUGGCGCCGAUCCCGUGGUGCUUCUGGAUCUAUGGCGAGCGGAUCCGCAAACGCAGUCGCUACGAGACGAGUGCAUGA